AUGGAGGAGAGUGCUCCCUGGAAAAAUUUCUGCCCUAAGUUUGAGCCAUGUUGGCUCGGAGGAACAACAAGGAUGGAAGGGCCCUCAAAAGCUCAAGUGGGCCAAUUUCAAAUCCUUCAAGUCCUAUUCGUCUUUAUCUCAGCCAUUCGGACAACCCAUCCUUCCACCGACCCACAUCCAUGUUCAUUCCUUUCCACGUCCUCCGCCACCCCCACACUGCACAAUCAACUAGUUUCGUCACUCGAGCAUUAUUUUUGGCGCGACUUUCUUCUGGCCAACCUCAGAAGGGAUUUUCCCGCACGGGCGCGCGUAUUCCCACAUCGUUUACUUAGACAAAUGAUAGACAACGUCACGGAUCUCAACACAGGCGCGUCAGACGUAGACGUCGGCGGCACAAGCGUAACACGGAGAAAGUCGCUCACCUUCACGUACCCAUUUUAUCUCCAUUGCGACGGCGCCAACACCCAAGCCAUCCCAAACGCCACAAUCUCCUUCCAUCGAACUUUCCUCUCUUCCCAUCAACCUUGGAUCGUCGCCGAUUCCGGCCUUUGCGGUCGUAAUACGAGGACAGCUGAGAGCCAGCUCUUUCGACAGUCGCGUUCACGCGCACGCAAUCCAUUCAGUCCUCGCGCGUCCGAUCCCCAUUCGGCGGCCUCUUGCUUGGAUGUUGUCAUCCAUGCAUACUCCAGAAGCUAG